AUGAUGGAGAAUGGAAAUCAACUUUCGAGUUCACCCCAAGUGAUUGCUUGGUUUUUGCAGAUUGGCACUGUUCACUAUUCUCACGUGGUAACUUGGAUUCCAACUGUUAGUCACAAUGUAGAUUUUCAGACGUCUUAUUGUUUGGUCGGGUUGUUACAGGAAAAACACCUAAACCUUACAGGUCUUUCCAUAGGAUCGAAUGAUUCAUGGCUCUUUAUCGCAACACCUGAAUCCAUCACUGGAAUUGAAAAAAAUCACGGGAAUAGCGUCUCUGCUGAUAUAUCUGUUGUUCAAGUAGCUUCAGAUGGUCAGAAUGUAUAUUGUGUGAAGGACGAAACUGUUACCUUACUAAAAGUUUGUAAUUUUGGAAAUAUCAUUGCAGUUGAUCGCCCACUUAGUUUAACAAUAAAAAUAAAAUCGAUAUCAUGUGGUCUAGGGUUUUUGUUAUGUUUAACAUUUUCAGGACAGGUGUUUAGUCAGGGUAUAGGAAGUCGAGGUCAGUUGGGUUUAGGUGAUUUAACUGACAAAACUGAACUGACUAUAAUUGAAGCUUUACAAAUAUUGACUGUUACUCAAAUUGCAGCAGGAAAUUGGCAUUCAGUAUGUUUGGCUGAUACAGGAGACGUUUAUACUUGGGGUUGGAAUGAACAUGGUCAACUAGGGCACAGGUCCCUUGGAAUCAGUAAUAAAUCAAACUCUAUCACCGAGAAAGAACGGGAAAGUUGUGUAUCUGUCUUGGCCCUUCCUGCUCCAGUAGAUUUCCCUGAUAACCUAUCUAUUUCACAAAUUGCCUGCGGUGGUUGUCACACAGCCUGUCUGACAGAAGAUGGCAUCCUGUUUUGUUUUGGAUGCAAUAAAUUUGGUCAGUUGGGAUUUGACUCAUCUGUAGAAGCUGUUGAUUCGCCAGUGAAACACCCACUCUUAACAAAUCAACAAUUGGAUUCCAAUAUGGUUAUAUCAUCUGUUUACUGUGGUUUAUGGUCUACAACUCUCUAUUUAAACUCAAAAACCUGA